GGAGGCGCCAGACGCCUGGAGCCCACGAACUGACAGGAGAUGGCCUCCCUGCCGGGGCCUUCCGGCACGGAGUCAGCGGGAGCCAUGGGCCGGGCUGACGAGGCCAGAGGGCAGGCUGAGUCCUCACAGAAAAUUGAAGACUUGAUGGAAAUGGUGAAGAAGUUACAGAAAGCGGGAAGCCUAGAGCCCAGGGUUGAGGUCCUGAUUAACCGGAUUAAUGAGGUUCAGCAAGCAAAAAAGAAAGCCAGUGAGGAGCUGGGGGAGGCCCGGACUGUCUGGGAGGCCCUGCAGAAGGAACUGGACUCAUUGAAUGGAGAGAAAGUGCACCUGAAAGAGAUCUUGAGCAAAAAGCAAGCUGUCCACAGGACCCCACGUGAUCCGGCCCAUUUACCUCUGCGCAAGCCUUGCGCCUUGAUGGGCUCUGUGGCACCCUCACUUCCUCCCCCUGCAGAGACCCUGAGGACCCUCCGGCUCCACUGCCAGGAGAAGGAAGCUGAGGCACAGAGGAAGCAGACCAUGCUGCAGGAGUGCAAAGAUCGAAUUUCUGCCCUGAACUCUCAGAUUGAGGAAGAAAAGAACAAACAGAGGCAGCUGAGGUUGGAUUUUGAGGAACAACUGGAGGAUCUGAUGGGCCAGCACAAGGACCUCUGGGAGUUCCAUAAGCCAGAGCGGCUGGCCCUGGAGAUUGGUGCCUUAGACAGCAGCAAGGAGCAGUUGCUCAAGGAAGAGAAGCUGGUGGAGGCAAAGCUGGAGGAUGUGAAGCAUCGUCUGUGCUCCCAGUUUGGAGCCACCGGCUGCUCCGCAAUCACUGAGGGACUCUUCCUCCGCAGUCAGGAGGCAGCCACUGUGGUGCAUCUGUUUGAGGAGGAGAACAGGAAAGCACAGGAGCUCCUGGAGGCUGCUGCCCAGCGCCAGGAGCAGCUGCAACAGAAGUGCCAGCAGCUGCAGCAGAAGAGGCAGAGGCUGAAGGAGGAGCUGGAAAAACUUGAGGUGCAGGUCCCUGCUCAAGGCCAGAGCAAGCAAGAGGAAGGGACUGGCCCAGGAGAAGCUGCCAAUCCCAAGCCCCUUGGAGUCAGUGAGGAGAAGGACCCAGAACUGCCAACCAAGCAGGGCCUGAUGCCCUCCUAGGCAAGGAGGACCCACCUUGCACUGGUCUUACACCCUGGGCUCCAGGAAAUAAAGGCAUUAUUUCAGUA